GGCGAAGGGCUUGCCGGGCUCGGCCGCACCGGCUCGGGAUGCGCUCGGACUGCCGGCUGCGCAGGAGACGCGGGGCAUGGUGAGCAGCCCGGGGCACCCGUUCCCCGCGGGGACCCGGCAGGCGCUGGCCUCCCUGCUGCUGCUCCUUCUGCUCCGGCGGGACGCGGCGGCACAGAAAGGUGAUGGUUGUGGACAUACAGUGUUUGGUCCUGAAAGUGGAACUUUUACAUCAAUUAAUUACCCAUACACCUAUCCCAAUAAUACAGUAUGUGAAUGGGAGAUUCGAGUAAAGCCUGAGCAGAGAGUUCAGCUCAAAUUUGGACAUUUCGAUAUUGAUGAUUCAGAUUCUUGCCACUCUAGUUAUGUGAGAGUUUAUAAUGGAAUUGGACCUACAAGGACGGAGAUAGGAAAAUACUGUGGUUUAGGCUUACAAAUGGACAGUUUAAUUGAAUCGAAGAGUAAUGAAGUUACAGUACAGUUCAUGAGUGGCAUACACUUUUAUGGGCAUGGAUUUCUUGCAUCCUAUUCAACCACUGAAAAAUCAGAUUUAAUAACCUGUUUAGACACUGCAAGUCAUUUUUCUGAUCCAGAAUUUAGUAAAUAUUGCCCAGCUGGAUGUGUGCUUCCUUUUGCUGAAAUUUCUGGGACUGUUCCUCAUGGCUAUCGAGAUUCCUCUUCACUGUGCAUGGCUGGUGUGCAUGCUGGAGUGGUGUCCAAUGUUCUGGGAGGUCAGAUCGAUGUUGUAAUCAGCAAAGGCAUUCCAUAUUAUGAAAGUUCUCAAGCUAACAAUGUCACAUCAAAAAUGGGGCCACUGUCUUCAGGGCUCUUCACUUUCAAAACUAGUGGUUGCUACGGGACACUGGGAAUGGAGUCUGGAGUAAUUGCUGAUUCACAGAUUAAUGCAUCAUCAUUUCUAGAAUGGCCUGAACAAAUUGGCCAGCCAAACACCUGGAGACCAGAAAGAGCCAGAUUGAAAAGGUUGGGACAUUCUUGGGCAGCUCUUACCAAUGAUGAAUAUCAGUGGUUGCAAAUAGACCUAAACAAAGAACAGCGGAUAACAGGUAUCAUUACUACUGGCUCCACCUUAGCAGAGUACUAUUAUUAUGUCUCUGCCUACAGGAUUCUGUACAGCAGUGAUGCCCAGAAGUGGACAGUGUACCGAGAACCUGGUGUUGAGAGAGAUAAGAUAUUUCAAGGCAACACUGGAUAUUAUCAAGAAGUUCGUAAUAACUUCAUUCCACCCAUUAUUGCUCGUUUUGUUAGGAUAAACCCUUUGAAAUGGCACCAAAAAAUUGCAAUGAAAGUGGAACUGUUAGGAUGUCAGUUUAGCAUAGUUCGAGCUCCACAACACCCAGCCCCCAGGAGCAACAAUGACUUUCCAUUGCAGAGUGAUAAAACAACCUUCACACCAGAAACCAAGAAUACAAGAGUAACUCUAAGUGACACCGAAGUUUGGGCUCCGAGACUUAGAAUACCCCUACCUCCUAGGAGCAGCAAUGACUUUCCCUUGCAGACUGAUAAAACAACCUUCACACCAGAGAUCAAGAACACAACAGUAACUCCCAGUGUAACUAAAGUUUCAGAUGUGGCAUUGGUAGCCGUUCUGGUUCCUGUUUUGGUCAUGAUCUUUACAACUCUCAUCUUGAUCUUAGUGUGUGCCUGGCACUGGAGAAACAGAAAGAAAAAAGCAGAAGGAACCUAUGAUAUACCUUAUUGGGAUCGUGCAGGCUGGUGGAAAGGAAUGAAGCAGUUUCUUCCUGCCAAGUCUUCAGAGCACGAGGAAAUGCCUGUUCGUUAUAGCAGCAGUGAAGUGAAUUGCCUUAGAUCACGAGAAGUUACAACCAUGUUACAAACACAGUCUGCAGAAUAUGCACAACCAUUGGUGGGAGGAAUUGUUGGCACACUUCAUCAGAGGUCUACCUUUAAACCAGAAGAUGGGAAGGAAACAAGCUAUGCUGAUAUGGAUCCUUACAACUCACCCGAGCAAGAGAUUUAUCAUGCAUAUGCCGAACCACUACCAAUAUCUGGACCAGAAUAUGCAACCCCAAUAGUAAUGGAUAUGUCCAGUCACCCUGCAGCUCCUCCAGGCAUCUCUUCUGUGUCUACUUUCAAGGCUUCAGGGAAUCCAGCCCCUCCCAUAGUGGGAGCUUACAAUAAACUUGUUUCCAGGGCUGACAGUUCAUCACCCACCCAUGUACUGUAUGAUACUCCCAAGGGGAUGCCAGGACUACUUAAUCCCUCAGAUGAAUUGUUAUAUCAAGUGCCACAGAUCAUGCCACAUUCCACAGGAAGUAAAGAAGAUGUUAGUUAGAGUACUUUUAAAUGUAAAAUCCUUUGAAGGUGACUUUUAAAAAAUAAUUCAGACUUUUUUGUGUUUAAGCAAAAUCUGAGAUCUGAGGCCAAAAUUACCCCUUUUGUGGGUCUAUUCACAACUACUGCUUUCCUUUUCAUAAAAUGAUGUGCUUUCCAUUCACUACUGAUCGGUACUGCUAGACUGGUACAAGAACCUUGUAAAAAUGUCCAUUUACUGAGUGUAAAUAAAUAGCUCACAGCAGACACAUAAAUACUCCAAGUCAGUGCUGUGUGGUGAAAGUGCCAGAAAAAGCAAGGUACUGUUCUCGACACAAACAAUAUUUUUUGAAGUCACUAAAGCCUACUGUUCUGAUUUAAUUAGUAUCUAACCCAGACUGAUCUUCAUACGUUUCUACAAAUGCAUAAUACAAUUGAAAAUAUUAAUAAAUUAUUGCACCUCCUGUAACAUGAGUGAAUGGCAAUGGUUUUACUGAUUUUGGUAAGUGAAGUUGAUUCCUAAACUUAUUUUCUUUAAUGAAAUCAAUUGCUAGCUUAGAGCAGUGAUCUAAAACAUGAUACCUAUUGGUGUCAUGGUGUUUGUCAGUAGGUUUUCUGGUGCCUAUGUACUUCUUUUAAAAAGCAUAUCUUCCCUAAAGCAAAGAGCCAGUCCUGGUGCAAGAAGUGCUUUGUGUGUGCAAGAAACACCCGCCCGUUCAGAAAGAAUUGCCUCCUAUCACAGGAGCCUUGGUUUCCUUCCAACAUUUUUUAAUCCCAUGUCCCUGACCAGGAUAGCCCAGGUGAGCCAGAUCUUGUCAGAUCUCAGAAGCUAAGCGGGAUCAGCCUUGGUUAGUAAUUGUAUUUUGCCCUCUUCGGGGCAUGGAGCAGGGGUCACUGGAUGUGUGGGGAGAGAAGUAGUUGUGAAUUUCUGCAUUGUGCAGAGGGUUGGACUAGAUGACCUUGGAGAUCGCUUCCAACUCUAUGAUUCUAUGAAUGGGAGACCUCCAGUGAAGACUAUGGUUGCAGAGGCAGGCAAUGGCAAAGCACCUCUGUUAGUCUCUUGCCAGGAAAACCACACCAGAGGUUGCCAUAAGUCAGCCAUAACUUAAGGCACUCUCCGUCACCUAUCCCAUGACAGCCAUUUUGUGAUGGUGUCCACUGGCUGUUUUCAAAAUUCCAGAAAUGCCCAGAGGCUCCUCAAGAUUGGGGACUCCAGUUCAGAGUUAUCACAAAUCUCUAGGAAGUUUGAAUUUGUUGAGUCAGCAUUCACUUUGCACUGAUCUUCACAGAGGAUAUGAGUGAGUGCUAAUUCAUUGCCUCUUGAGUUGCUCUGUCAUGGCUCUAAAAAUCUUUGAGUAGUAUUUAAUAAUUAUUUUUACCUCCACUGUAUUUGUAAAAGUGCCAACUUGUGGUAACCCCAUAGGGUUUUCAACGUAGGAGACUUUAGAGAUGGUUUACCAUUGUCUGCUUUUGCGCAGGAAUCCUGGACUUCCUUGGUGCUCCUAUCCAAAUUCUAACCAGGGCUGAUCCUUCUUAGCUUCCAAGAUUUGAUGAGAUCAGGCUAGCCUGGGCCAUCUGGAGUAGGGCUUCCCUCUCUACUAGCCUACAUAACAAACCAAGUAAAAUCUUUGGGCCUCAAGUAAUUGAAAUUUACCUCCCUUUGUACGUGGGGGUAGUUUGAGGAACUUGAAAACUAAAAAUGUAACUCAUAAGGAAAAAAAACUCCUUAUGGCUCCUUGGAGAGUAGAAAGAAUUAAAUUCAUUUAAAAUGAAUGAAUACAUUUAAAAUGAAGGAAGAGAUAUGUUCAGCUCUUUAAAGUCUAAGCACAUGAAAACAGUUGUGCAUGCAUUUGGAGGCGUAAAUCCAUUGCUGCACCAUUUGCUUUCUCGACUUGUCUUUGGAUAUUGAUAUGCCUUAAGGAGGGCAUGGAUACAUUUGGAUACCCUCGAGCCUUUCAAAUAUGAAGCUUCCUGGCCACUGGAAUUAAACAAAGUAUCAACCGUAACCAUUUUGGCCUUUGAUAUAUUAUCAAGAUUCUUUUCAACCCUCUAGAUUCUGCAGGUUUCAAUCAGUUAGUGUGGUCUUUUUUUAAAAUAAAAGAUUAUUUCCUUCCAAUUUCUAGUGACAUUAAUUUUUUCCAAAGAUUUUAUAUACUUGAACCAGUUAGUAACUUUUUGUAUGAUGAAAAGUUAAAGAAAUAGCUAUAUAUGACAUUACAUUUCAAACCCCCUUUUGCCACAUUUAAAACAAUUGUCAGGAGAAAAGCACAGCCUCUUGUUAAGGGGACAUGAAAGGAAUGCUUUUUUAUUCUAGUGUAAUGGCACUGUAGUGAGGAUGUUGAAUAGAUAAAUGUGAUAACUCUAAGCAAUAGCCCAGUUUUAUGGACUCUUCAUGUUGUAUGAACAUAAAAAUUCAGUGGAGCAUUGUGUAUUUUUCUGGUGGUCUGUAUUGUCAAAUGCACAAUAUAUUUCAUUGCAGGUGGCUGGUAGAGUUAAUCAUGACAAUCACAACUGUUAAAAGUAUUAGUACUCCUUAGCCCAAAUUUAUUAGCAUAGGUUUGCUCAUGUGCCUUCUUCCAUUUGUAUAUUUUUUUAUUUAUAAAAGUGAUACAUAACUUAUUUUUAUCCUUUAACCGCGGUACACCAGAGCUAAACAGCUGACCUAAGAAAACAGUCAGAAUAUGUGUAUAUGUAGGGCCAAGCUACGCAUGACGAAAGACACUUGCCUGGCAAGUGGAUUGAGUGGAGGGCAAGUGAACAGGGAGAAAUACACUUGCCAUUCAAGUGUCAUUUGUCACUUGUAGCUUGGCCCGUAGACUCUGUCCCAUGGUCUAGUCAGUAAGUUCACGUUUCAUUUGAUUCACUGAUACGUUCUAAUAUCUGCCAGCUUGGAUUUAUGAAGUUCUUAGGAAUAUAUUAAUCUCAGACCUGUCAAUAUCUGCCAUGUUGUUGCAGUCCCAGUCUUAAAAUCCGGCACUUUGAUGAGAUGUGUGAGUAACAUAUGAUGAUAUAAUCCACAGAUGUCACAAUAGCAUGUACACUCAUCAAAGUGAGGGGGUUCUGUGACUGAAUGAUUAAUUUUUGGAAGGAAAAGAGGGUAACAUUAGGGCUGUGCACACCUUCCAAGCCUAUCAUACCUCUUUUUCUCGGUUCUUUCUGGUUCCAGGAAAGCUAAAUUCUUUAGAAAAUCAAAAUCACACAGUUGAACAAAAUGAGGCAGACCAAAGUAGUAAAAUACAUCUGUCAUUCUGAUCACAAGAGCUGGUUUCCCUUAACAGCAAAUGUUCAUACGCACAUACCCCUACAUCGUAAUCCUGUUCAUUUGUUAAUUAGUAAAGUUUAACAAGUCUGGAUUGAAUCACAAUGGCUGUUUCAUUAGGGUGCAUGUUUUGAUCGUUACUUCUCUUUGCAAGCGUAUUUCCUCUCAGAUUCAAAACAUGAAAAACCAAAGGUUUACACAUUUCACAAAUUAGGGCAACUUUGUUGGAAUUAAUAUGCAGACCAAACCCCACAGAUUUUUGGUGUGCUGGCUGCACAAGCAAACUUACCUUCAAUGGUAUGAUUCAGGAAGAACCUGCCAGCACAUAAAAUGUUACGACAGUAAAAAAAAGGGGGACUGUGGGGGACUAUGCGGGGAACUGAAUGUAUCAAAAUUAAAUACAUCAACAAGAUGAAAACUGAGCUUUCUUGAUUCGCUGCCCUGUAUUUUAGGCACUAACUUAUUGAUUCAUGAAUGUAAAACACACAGCACAGACAACUGUCACAGUAAGUGCUUGGUUGUUUUCUUUUCUCUUAGGCCCAGUAUUGAUAUUGUGUCUAGUACGUUGUCUUAAGGGUACGCAGAGGGGUCUGUGUUUUAGCGCAGAGAGAGGGGUGCAAACAAUGUUGAGUGAUUAUUUUCCUAGAAUGUACUUUCUUACCUCAGCAUGUUCUGUAGUCACUCUGUAUUUGUAUAUGUUGCUAGAAUUUAGACUAUAUGAAUAGUGAUUUUUUAAAAAUGUAUGUUAAAACCUUUUAAAUAAAAUGCACAACAUGGAAAUCAUGGUUAUUUUAUAUAAACGUUGUCCUUGUACAUUGUAAAUCAGGAAAAUAAUCUGAUUCAGUUUUUGAUAUUCUUAGAUAUCCCAGCCAGUUGGCAGGCAAAUUGCCUCAAC